AUGGCGUCACUCGAGGAUUUGAUUCCCACUGUUAACAAAUUGCAGGACGUCACCUAUGACGCCGGUGUUGAUUCGCUAGAUUUGCCCAUUCUUUCAAUCAUUGGAUCACAGUCCAGCGGUAAAUCGUCAAUCUUGGAGACGAUUGUUGGUAGGGACUUCUUGCCUCGUGGUACUGGGAUUGUGACGAGAAGACCUUUGGUGCUACAGUUGAUCAAUAUUGCGGAGGAUUCUCCGUUGAUCCAUCAGGGCGGUGAGGCCAGCGGUGAUUCUGAAGCGAGUGACAGUGGCAAGAAAGAGGAGGAUGAGUUCUCACUAGAAGACCACCUGAGACAGCAACAGGGGUACGUGCCGGAGGUGCAGAACGAGUGGGGUGAGUUCUUGCACAUGCCUGGCAAGAGGUUCUACAACUUUGAGGAUAUCAGAAGGGAGAUUGUCAAUGAGACCUCGAGAAUUGCCGGUAAGAACAAGGGGAUCUCUCGAAUCCCAAUCAAUUUGAAGAUCUACUCUCCAAAGGUUUUGAACUUGACUCUUGUCGAUCUACCGGGUAUCACCAAGGUUCCUAUCGGUGAUCAGCCAACUGAUAUUGAAAAGCAGAUCCGUAACCUCAUUCUAGAGUACAUUGCUAAGCCGAACUGCAUUAUCCUUGCCGUGUCGCCAGCCAACGUUGAUAUCGUCAACUCUGAGUCUUUGAAACUCGCAAGACAGGUUGAUCCACAAGGAAAGCGUACGAUUGGUGUCUUGUCGAAACUGGAUUUGAUGGAUCAUGGAACUAAUGCAUUGGAUAUCCUUUCCGGGAAGGUUUACCCUCUAAAGUUGGGAUUUGUCGGUGUGGUGAACAGAUCCCAGCAGGAUGUUGUUAUGAACAAGAGCGUGGAGGAAGGUUUGCAAUCUGAAGACGAGUUCUUUAGAGCUCACCCAGUAUACAGAACCAUCUCGAACAGAUGUGGUACAAGAUACUUGGCCAAGAUAUUGAACCAAACUUUGAUGAACCACAUCAGAGAGAAAUUGCCUGAUAUCAAGGCAAGACUCAACACCCUGAUGGGCCAAACUGAACAAGAAUUGGCAUCGUAUGGUACUCAACAAACCACUACACCAGAGGGACGUAGUGCGCUCAUUCUUCAGCUCAUGACAAAAUUUGCAUCUAACUUUGUCAAUUCUAUUGAAGGUAACCUCGUUGAUAGAAACACAAAGGAACUCUGUGGUGGUGCUAGAAUAUACUACAUCUAUCACGAUGUCUUGGGGAAAUCGCUCGAGUCUAUUGACCCAACGGCAAACUUGACAACACAGGAUAUUCGUACUGCCAUUAGAAACUCCACUGGUCCAAGACCUUCAUUGUUUGUUCCAGAACUUGCAUUUGAUCUUUUGGUCAAACCACAGAUCAGUCUUUUGCAAAGUCCAUCGCAUCGUUGCGUUGAACUCGUGUAUGAAGAGUUGAUGAAGAUUGGCCACAACUGUGGUUUUACAGAGUUGGCAAGAUAUCCUAAAUUACAGCAGGCUUUGAUCGAAGUAACAAGUGAAUUGUUACGGGAGAGAUUGGGCCCAACAAGUGCAUAUGUGGAGAGUUUAAUUGAUAUCCACAGAGCUUACAUUAACACGAAUCAUCCAAGCUUUAUCGGCGCCGCCACUGCCUUGGCUGAGGUUGUUCAAGAGUUACAAGAGCAAAAGACCCAGAAGAAGAUGGUUGAUACACUCAAAACUCUAAAACCAAAACCGGUUGAAGCGAAUGGUAGUGUAGAGGGCUCCACUGCCGGUGACUUUGAUGAGGAAUCGGUUGUUUCUGAUAUUUCGCCACCAACAACGAGAAUGCAUAACGAAAAGAGUGAAUCCAAAGAUUCAUUCCUCAACUUCUUCUUCGGUAAGGAGAACGGACAAGUGAAGGCUAAUGGUUCUGGUGCUAAUGCACCAAAGAAUGCCCCAGUCUCAACACCAAGGGCAUUCGGUGCAUUUGAAGAGUUGGCCAUUACCAAUACACCACAAAAUCCACUAGAGGGAAUCACCGAAGAUGUCGAAGAACCCGAACUAAGUGAGCGUGAACAAGUCGAGGUUCUUCUCAUUAAGCGUUUGAUUGUAUCAUACUUUGGUAUCAUCCGUGAGAUGGUUCAAGACCAAGUUCCUAAAGCGAUCAUGUGUCUCUUGGUGAACUACUCCAAGGAAGGUGUUCAGAACAGAUUGGUCACUGCGUUGUACAAAGAAGCAAUGUUUGCAGACUUGUUACAGGAGGAUAACAACUUGGCUCAGGAGCGCGAGAAAUGUGCUAAACUUCUCGAGACCUAUAAGGAGGCCUCCAAUAUCAUCAAUGAGGUUCUAUGA